AUGAAGCAAAAAAACCAUCACCACCACUGUUGUACGCUUCCCUGCUCAUAUAAUCAAACCAUCAUCUCUUUACGAAACCCUAGUGCUGGAGAAGAAGGAUCAUCGCUGCAAACCCUAGCUCAUCCCUUUAUCAGAUUCUACAUCAUCGUAGAAGAAGGGUUUUCUGACGGUGCCAGAUCCAUUCGAUCUCUGUUUGAUCUUUGUCUCAGUCUGUGUCUCUUCUUUUUUCUUCUUAUUCUUUUAUCUCGAAUGCUCAAGUUUUUUUUUACCGGAAAUGGCGGACUGGGGACCAGUGUUGGUGGCGGUGGUGCUGUUUGUGCUUCUAACGCCGGGACUUUUGUUCCAGUUGCCAGGUCACAACAAGGUGGUGGAGUUCGGAAACAUGCACACCAGUGGCGCCUCCAUUAUUGCUCACGCCGUUAUCUACUUCGCCGUCCUCACCAUCUUCCUAAUCGCCAUCGGCGUUCACGUCUACGCAGGCUAGGUUGUGUAGCGGGACAUUUGGAUAUUAUAUAAUUUCAAUUCAUUAAAGAUCAAAUAUUUUAUGAAAAAAACUUUAACUAUUUGGCGUCCUAUUAUGAAUGAAUGGUAUUUAUUUUCUUCGGUUUAGUUCAUACUGACAACUUGGUUGAUGACAACUCCUAAUACCGCUAUGCCAAUGACUAUUUUAUAAUAUUUUCAUUAUUUUGAACCUGACUUUUGUGGUGUCCGAGUUAUAUAUAAUAGUGCAGUCCACAGCUCUUGCUUAUAUUAGAUCAUAAUAUUAAUCUCUAUUGCUGCUUGCAAAAUUGACAAUAACAGGUAAUAGUGGUCGUGAUAUAACUUUUUUGACUGUAUUAGUGGUUUUUUGGAACAAAAAAAAUAUGGCAGUUAAAUCUCUAUACAUACUUGUAAAACUGACAAUAACAGACAAUAGUGGUUGCGAUAUAAUUUUUUUUACAGUAUUAGUGGUUUUUUUAGAACAAAAAAAUAUGACAGUUAAAUCUGUAUUGGUACUUGCAAAACUGACAAUAACAGGUAAUAGUGGUCGCGAUAUACCUUUUUGACAGGAUUAGUGGUUUCUUUAAAACAAAAAAAUAUGACAGUUAAAUCUUUAUUGGUACUUGCAAAACUAACAAUAACAUGUAAUAGUGAUCACGAUAUAACUUUUUGAUAGUAUUAGUGGUUUUUUUAGAAUAAAAAAAAUAUGCAGUUAAACCGAAUAUUGGCCAAAGUAUAAUGGUUUUUAUGUUAUUAAUCG